AACACUUUCUCUAUUGAAAAGUCGCGAAGAGUUCGGGAGUUUAAGGGUUCGGCCGUUGUUUAACAAACCAAUGAAUCCCUGUCCACACCGGGAAUGGGUGUUACAGGAGAUCACAAAGUGGUCCAAAGGGUUCUCCCACUACAAUCAAAAGACAACAUACGCUGCACUUCUCUUCACUGAAUAUCUGUUCAAUGGCUAUAAAUCCAGGGAAAGGCUACUGAAUGCCAACAAAUUAAUGGAAUUUUUUGUUUAUAUGGACAAUGAUAUGGAAAGGGCUCGAAGGGAACGGUCACCAGAAUUACUGCGAGAAUUGAUGGAUAAGCUGUUGAAUGCAAUGGAAAGCGGACGAUGCGAUCAGGGCUUUGAUUCCGGGCGCCGGCUGUUGGAUGUGAUGUCCAUUCUGGACGCACAGAUGAACGAGUGUUGGAAGUCUAAUAUGAGACAACACUUGCGGAAUAUGUUUGUCACCCAAACCCGCGUUCACUGCGAUUAUUGGCUUAAAGACCGUUUUAUACCAUACGAUGAAUACAAUGACAUUCGUCUACAAGAAUCAGGGUGGCCUUUGAUGCUAACACUUGUGGAGUAUUUGAUGGAUUAUACCCUUCCAGAGGCAGUCCGUAACCACCCGCUUAUGUAUGAAUUCAUGUCAUCCGCGGCUAAACUGUCUCUCGCUGUCGACGACUAUAUGCUUCUUAAGGCAAAACUGGCCACAAAUGACAUCACAAGUGGUGUCCUGUCGUACGCCCACAGCCAGGGAUGUAGUGUUCAGUCGGCGCUCGACUUCCAGUACAUGAAUGUCAAGCAUUUGGAGAGAGAGUGUCAGUCAUUGCGGACCACUAUUAUGGCGAACCCCACACUCAGUGCCGAACCCCUGGACCCCUAUAUGGAUGUUAUAAUACAGACCUCUUAUGGCAUGUAUUGUGUGUUUCAGGAGAUACUGAAGUUUGAAGUGAGGGAUGGCGUGUUGUCGUGUGAAAAGUGGGAUCAACUCAACCAACUCGUGGUCGACAGCAAUGUUUGUGAUGUGAAUCCAUUCAAAAUU